CAUGUAUUAUCAGCAAGGUCCUAAGGUACACGAUUGCACAAAUUACGAAUCUCGUUUCAUCUGUGUUUUGAUGCUGGAUGAACGACGAGAUUGCCAAUUUCCGGCUUCUAUUUUUCCCUAUUACCGAAUAGGGGAUGCGCCACGAACAAUUCGAUAACUCUGGCCAAUGGCAGGCACGUAGCCACCGGCUGCGCCUUACUUACUUGCACCCAGACCACCUGACCAUGGUUUACCCACAUCACGGACAAGCACUGGAUCCGAGCACGGCGGUUUUUGUUUUUGUUGCCUUGUUUUCUUCUUUACCACCAUCAUCGUCAUUGUUGUUCGGGUCGUCGUCGUUGUCGUCUUCUUCGUUGUCAUGGCUCCAGGACUCGGCGCCGGCUUGACGUGGCAACAGCGUGGGUGUUAUGAGCGAAUUUUGGGAGAUUGCGCUGCUAGGUGGGCCUGGUAAUUUGCUCUACCAAUCCGCGCUGUGAACACACCAAUACGUACA